UUCGGGCCCAGAGGCUGGUCGCUCGGUCUCCGUACGGGCUAAAACGGAAAAACGGCAAAACUGCAGUGGCCAAAAGCCGAUUUACAGUAUUCCACGCCAGUUAUGACGGCAGCCAGCCAAACGGCAAGAGCAUUUCCGCACAGGACUCCCCCUACGAGUAUAAAAAAAGAAAACAUCCUAUAAAUUCGGUAGAGUGAUGUGUGCAUAUGUGAAAUAAAUACAUAUUUAAGAAAAAUUCGGAGCUUUCAAUUUAAAACUCAGCCAUACACACCACACACACACACACUUAAACGUUAUGCAGUGAAAGUGAAAAAUUCAGUGGCAUCUUUUAGGCGCAGCGGAUAAAGGCGAUUCUUAGUACUUUCAUUUUGAAGGCUUGCAUUAUCCAUUCUUGUUUGGCCUGAAAUCGGUGGUGCAGCUGCUUAAAUGUAUUUUAGUGACAGCUCGGAAAAACAGCCAGCCCCUUGGAGGGCCGGCAAUCCAUGGAGUAUUCAAACACCACGGGUUUGAAUCACAUCAUCAAGGAGGAGCCGCAGAAUCCAGAGCCAGAGCACCAGCAGCAUAACAAAACCAGACUGUCCCUUCUUGGUAACUGCUACAUCAAGAUUGAAUUGCCGACCGGAUCGCAGUCGAUAGCUUUGGGCAGCCAGCGUUGUCUCAAUACGCCCCCAACCACGCCCAGCAGUCCGCUGAGAGAAGCGCCCCAAAGUCCAUCAGACGGACACAUCUCCUCGCUGAGCUCGCACUCCGGAUCGGGAUGCAGUGACAUCCUGUUGGGUGAGUAA